UCCAGUACUCUGACUGGUUUCUUAGGACUACUUUUCCCACAAUGCAUUUGUUUACUAUGCAAACGAAGCUUUGGACGCUAACGUGCAAGGUGUAUGGCUGUUGACACUCCCUAUCUUUUUUUAUUUAAAAGUUGCCUAGUGAACGUGGCACUUCAGUUUCGGAUAUAAAAGAUGGCAGAUGUAAGAGCAAAGUCAAUCCGACGAACUGGGAGUCUGCUUCGAAGUCGCUCAGAAGGGACUCUGAUCGAUCUAGAUGACAAUGUAACCAUCAACAACAAUAAUCUACAUGGGAGUUACAUGUCAAAACAUUCGAAAUGGCCUGUUUUACAACCAGAUGUCCAACCACAAGGACAAACAACAAAUCCCUUCUGGAACAAACUGUCCCAGUCAAAUCCUUUCUUAGAUGACAUUGUGUGCAGAAACCCCACUGACUCAAGUGUGUCCAUAAUGAAGGAGGAUCCAUCAGCUUUGUUUGGUAACAGUAUUGAAGAUUGUGAAAGUACGUCCUCGGAUGAACACAGUUUUGGUCAUUUUCUGGAGCCUGAGAGGAACAGCCUUAAUCGAUCCGGGCGGUGGAGAAGUGCCUCGGACAUUCUUGACAGUCUUGCAAAAAAAGAAUCCAAAAAGGAGAAGAGCUUUAACUCUCAAGGACCAUUCUUGAAACCUGAUUUUGACUGGCUUAAAAAUGAUAUGGAGGCUUACAAAAUGGCCUGGCUGAGUCACAGGCAGUUGACCAGGUCCUGUUUGAACCUCAGCCUGAUAAAACAAAGUCCUGGUUGGGCUCAAACUCAAGCCACAGACACGCAAAUUGUCUGUAAGAUUGAUCAUAAUGGAGGCUCAGUGCAGUUGCCUGACUCUAAUAUCAGUGCCCACAUUCCCCAAGGUCAUGUUGCUCCAGGGGAGAUCCAGGAAAUUGCACUCAAAGCUAGCCUUGAUCCUCCACGUGGAAUCAAUAAUAAUUAUGUAACAUCGGUGAGUCCUCUUUUGGAAAUCAGUCUCAGCAAUCCCAAUACUAUGGAAGGCAUCUCACUUGAUAUUAAAAUGGCAGCUGAUGUGAAAAAUGACCCUUUGAGCCAAGUCAUGACAACAUUUGUAGGUCUCUUGGCCCAUAGGAAAGAUGGCCCUUAUGAAAAAGUUAAGGACUGUUACAUAUAUAAGGACAUUUUACAAAUGAAGAUCCAGGAGCUAAAGCCUCACAUGUACAUCAUUGCUGCUGCAGAGGCUACAGUCAUCCAGCCACCAGCAACCUCAGUAUGGGACUAUUUAGACCGACAUUUCACAGUCGCAGUAUAUGGUCCCAAGCAUAUUCAUCCAUCUUUCAAAGUUGUGCAAGUCAUCUCUUGCUAUAAUAGUGUUCCACCCAGGCUUCCUUUCUCUGAUAUCCAAAAAGGUAACAGAAACUUGCCCCCUGUUGUGUUGCAACUGUGGGGAAAGCAUGAGUUCAAUCCACGUGGUCUAAAUGAUUUGCACUUUACAACCGGUGUGAUGGAAUCAAAGUUUGAAGUGAAAUAUGAGGAUAAGAACAAAGAAGUCAAAAUAGAGGAGCUCAGAACAGGCAGAGCGAUCCACUUGCCCUUGGAACUAUCAAGGACAGGCAAUGGAGAUAUGGGUCAAUUCACAUUAGCCGUCCAGGUGAAGGACUCAAAUGGCUUCUCUUUAGCAGACUUUCACCUUACUUCUCCUGAGGCUGCUCCUCUGAGGACAGACAAACAUGGACUCAGACAUGUGGAUCGUCACAGGGAAGUGAACCGUUCUCAAGCUAUUCCAGAAGAAUCUGUCCCGGAGUUCCCAAAGUUCCAAGAUAUGCCAGUGAAUAUUCACUGGUAUGGUGUAGCAUUGAAAUCUCUUCUUAGACAGCCAAGAGUGGAGUAUCUUCUAGAGUACUUCAAGGGUGACACAAUUGCUCUGCUUUCCAGAGAAACAGUUAAGUCUGUUGGACAGUCAAAAGUAAAAGAGUGGUAUAUUGGCUUUCUCAGGGGAAGUGUUGGUUUGGUACACUGUAAAAAUGUGAAGGUCGUAACAAAAGACCAAGUCAUUGACUUCUCUGGGGUUAGACUCUCGACACAAACCCUGCUGGACAACAUGACUUUGCCGUUUAAAAAGCUUACAUACAUGUACUCUGCCAUUCAGACCCUAGUAACAGAUCACGUAACCUGUUGGAGGACUUUUGCUGCAGCUCUGGGUUACUCAAACCUCUCAAUAGACAGUUUCUCUAGAAGGCAAGCUGAGACAGAAGCAGAGAAGGUAGCAUGUGUACUUGAGAAGCUUAAAGAAGACUGCCACACAGAAAAAACUAGAAGGAAAUUUCAACAUGAACUCAUAAUUGGGCUCUUUAAAAUGGAUGCUCAGGGCCUUGUAGCCCAUUUAAUCCAGAACACAGUUAUUCUGUCCACAGCUGUUGAGCUUGGUGUACGGUGGAGGGAACUGGCUGAGAAGAUUGGAAAACUUUCCAAUUCUCAGAUUGCUGGUUAUGAGGCACCACACAGAGGGAAAAGUGGAGAAGUCAGUGCCCAGUCAAUGUGGAAGCCUGCAUACGACUUCCUGUACUCUUGGAGUAUGCAGUAUGGUGAGGGCUAUAGGGACAUGAUUCAGGACCUCCAUCUGGCCCUAGACAAGAUGAAGAGCCCAGUGACUAAACACUGGAGACAGAUUACUGGAGCUCUCAUUACAGUAAACUGCAUGGAGAUCUUGAGGGCCUCUGCUUUCCACAAAGCAUAGUGAACACUAAGCUAAGCUAAGCAAACUGGUGGGUUUAGGAAUGUCAUGCAUUGUGUUUUUUUCUGUAUUUGUAUAGCAGUGAGCAAUAAAUGCUUUCUUUGUACAGUUUAACUGAAAAUGGCAGAAUAUGAAGGCUGUUGAACUUGGAAUAUAGUCUUUUGUUCUGUUGGACAUAUGAAGUUGCCCAUGCCAACACUAAGGUUAUUCAAGUUAUUCAUUUUUUCAUGUUACUACACUGUAUAGUUUAAUUGUAUGUUAAAUGAAAUGCCUCACAUCCAAAGUCUGAGUCCUUGUUAUGUUUGUGUAUUUCAAUCUGUUUGUGUAUUUCAACACUGAAAUAGAGAGAAUCUGGACGCUUCUUCUAUAUCAAAGUCCUGCUGCUUAAGAUGAAGCCUCAUUAAGUUCCUUCUGUUGCUGGAACAGCUGAUUGCUUUAGGAAGAGAGACUUUUUCUCUGCAUCUUAAGCUCUAAAAGUGGGGCAAGCCUUUGUGUUAUAAAAUUACAUAUGUUUUUCUAGACUUACUGUAACUAUUUUACCAGUGUACUUAAAAGAUAUAUUGUUAACUGUACAAUUUUUAAUAUUUAAUGUUGUAAUUAUUAUUGCUGAACUAGAAUAAUAAAACAGAUUUUAACUGUUUCAUGAA